CCUUUCAUUACCUAUUGUCCGGGCCUGGAUGCUCUUGCUGCAGCAGUUUAGCCUUAGUGUGGUGUGGAUGUGGGACAGGUACAAAGAACCAGUCCUAUAACAGGCCAUACCUGCUUGGAGCUGACAGUCACUGGGCUCUUCAUGAUGUGGACCCCAGCCUGCUUUUCACAGUCUUCAACUCACUCCCAGCCCACCUCCAACCCCAGGCACUCAGCAGCGGGGUCUCUGCACCUCGCAGAAAUCCUCUGUGAAUAAUGCCUCCAUCCAGGUUCAAGGGGAAGAAGAAAGCAGGCCUCAUGCUUGACACAGGGGAACCCUGUCUGCAUUCAAGUUGCGUCCCCUGUAAGAAAAAAGGAAGACAAGGUAGGCGAAGCCAGUAAAGAGUGCCAGGUGACACACGGUCAGCGCAUCUUGAGCCAUGAGCAGACCAUUUCUCAGAUGACUGAACUUUCCUGGAAGGAUGUUAUUAAUGCCUUGUCUCUGGCCAACAUGGUCCUGGGGCUCUUUUCCAUCUUCUGCAGCUUCAGCAGGAGUUUGUCAAGAGUGGGUGGUACGAGAAGCUGCCCUGCUGACCUGCACUCUAGGAAACCCCACUGUGCUUCCUGGAUGCUGCUGAUCAGCUUCCUGUUAGACAUGGCAAUAGGGACGAUGACCAGACACCUCAACAUCUGCCACAAAUUGGCAGGACUUGAGCUGAAUGAUUUUGCUGUCUUCACCACCUUUGGCCUGGCUUCGGCUCUGCUGCUUGGUGUGGAAGGGCCUCUGAAUGGGUUCCUGGCCGUCAUCUAUGUCUUAACGACGUCUUUCCGCCUGUGUUUCUAUUCAACUGGAGGUCCCUCUGCAUACAAAGGUCUACCCUGCCCCUACGCUUCCUGUGUUUUGGCCUCCACCUGCCUUCUGACUAAGGGCAACACGUUUAUCCUCUGCUGCAUGGCCUCACUCAUGAUUCUGUUCAUGAUCGACCAGAGUUGCUACCCACACGAUGAGAUCCUGGAGUCAGAGAACUGGAAAAAAGUGGUUUAUAUGGGAGGUGUUAUCAUGCUGUUCCUCUCCCCAUUCUCACUCACCGCCUUUUACUGCCUCAUCUGGUCGCUCUCCUACAUCUUCUUCCCAGAUGCACUGUGGGGCAGGGGAAUUUGUAUUAAGCUCUAGCAAGGAGGAAACCACAGCUUCACCACUCCUGCUGGCUCUGUGGGCUCUGCACUUAGCAUGCUGGAUCAAGACCUGCCUCAUCCUCACUAAAGCUUUCCUGGCACCUGUGUUCUCA